GUGCUGUCAGCUUUGGACAUUUUACAGCCACCACAUUUGGACUUCUUUCAGGAAAUCUAUGUGAUAACUGAACUGCUGCAAUCGGAUCUGCACAAGAUCAUCGUGUCGCCACAGCAUCUAUCGGCGGACCACAUCAAAGUGUUCCUCUAUCAGAUACUGCGCGGACUCAAGUAUUUGCACUCGGCCAGGAUACUGCAUCGCGAUAUCAAGCCGGGCAAUCUGUUGGUCAACUCGAAUUGUGUGCUCAAGAUAUGCGACUUCGGGCUGGCACGCGUCGAGGAGCCCGACCAGGCCAAGCACAUGACCCAGGAGGUGGUCACACAGUACUAUCGAGCACCCGAAAUACUCAUGGGCGCUCGUCACUACUCGUCGGCCGUGGACGUCUGGUCGGUGGGCUGCAUCUUUGGCGAGCUGCUGGGCCGGCGCAUACUGUUCCAGGCGCAGAAUCCGGUGCAGCAGUUGGAGCUGAUUACCGAGCUGCUGGGCACGCCCACCAUGGAGGAUAUGCGUCAUGCGUGCGAGGGCGCACGCACACACAUGCUGAGGCGGGCGCCCAAGCCGCCGUCGUUCUCGGUGCUCUACACGCUCAGCUCACAUGCCACGCACGAGGCGGUGCAUCUGCUCUGCCAGAUGCUAGUCUUUGAUCCGGACAAGCGCAUUUCGGUGACAGAUGCUCUGGCGCAUCCGUAUCUGGAUGAGGGUCGUCUGCGCUAUCAUUCGUGCAUGUGCAAAUGCUGUUUCACUACCUCAGCUGGAAUGCGUCAGUAUACGGCGGACUUUGAGCCCUCCGCCGGGCAGCCCUUCGAUGAUUUAUGGGAGCGCAAGCUCACCUCCGUGCAGCAGGUGAAGGAGGAAAUGCACAAAUUCAUUGCCGAGCAGCUGCAGACGGGCCGUGUGCCGCUCUGCAUUAAUCCGCAGAGUGCGGCCUUCAAGAGCUUUGCCAGCUCAACUGUGGCACAUCCUUCGGAGCUGCCCUUCGCCACAUCAAUGGGAAUGACGGCAAAAUGAGGCGAUUGCUGCCUAAAAUAUCAAAAGCAACACUCAGCAAACAACAACAACAACAACUUGAACAACAAUAGCCUAGAUUUAUAUAUGAAUAUAUAUAUUUCUGGCUAGAUCACAUAUGGACAAGGAGCAAGCGAGUUGCAGCUCCGCAACAGGCCCGCUUCGGGAUAACAACGAUUAAAUUUUAAAGCGCCAACAACAGUUUUGCUCAGCGCUGUCUGUUUAAACGUUAAAGCAUUCCACCACCGAAACUAAAACAACAAACAAACAAACAACAAACAAAAUGUAACGUAACUCAACUGAAACUAGUCUAAAAAACAAGCAGAGUAAAAGUAAAGUAAAGCAAACAACAAAUGAAAUUGUUUGCGGCACAAACAAAGAACACAACAAAUUCGAGAAA